AUGCCCGAAGACACCACCCUCGUGGUGAUCUCGACGUCGGUCGUCGCCCUUGUCACCGGCUUCUUGUUGGGCAUCUACAGCAUUCAGGGCUACAUCAUCACCCCCGAAUUCGCCAAGCAGUCGCGUGCAAACUAUGACGACCCCGUCGACAGCGACGAGACCGACAUCGACGAGGACGAAACCAACAUGGACCACGCGCCCAACUGGGCCAACGGCGAGGAGGCGGACAGGAAGCAGGGACUGCGCUACACUGGGAAUGACAAGAACAAGGCCGCCAGCAACAAGCCAAAGGCAGGCCCUGUGCCCUCGGUUGAGGACACAGGGGAGGAGUGCAAGCUGAUCCUGGUUGUCAGGACGGAUCUGGGCAUGACCAAGGGCAAGAUCGCAGCGCAGUGCGGCCACGCGACUCUCGCCUGCUUCAAGUCUAUCUCCAAGGCCGCGCAGGCCGCCGGGCCCAGCAGCCCCGCGGCCAAGCUCCUGAAGCGCUGGGAGCGCUACGGCCAGGCCAAGGUCGCCCUGCAGACCAAGAGCGCCGACGAGAUGCACGAGCUGAUGGCCAAGGCUCGCUCGCUUGGCAUCACCGCCGAAGUCAUCGCCGACGCCGGCCGGACCCAGAUCGACCCGGGCAGCCUGACCGUCCUCGGCGUGGGGCCCGCGCCCAAGAGCGCCGUGGACCAGGUCACCGGCCACCUGAAGCUGCUGUAG